CAGUGAGAUAGCACUGCCUCUGAGUGUGUGUGUGUGGGUCGGUGCAGCCGCUUCGCUCUCCGGCUCCAACUCAGCCACAUGAUCCAUUUCACCGGAAUGCGGGGACAGGCAUCCCAACAAAGGCAAAACGUUGCCUUGGUUCGUCUCAACGAGCUGAUGUGGAAACACGACCCCCUGUUUAACAACCACCGCGAGCACUAAACCCAGCGGCCGGGAUCAGUUGUCUGGAACUGUUGCCAAAGUGCCGGCUGCCUGACUCGCAGCGGGCGAGUUGAUACAAUGUUCCAGCGGCUGCCCUCGCUGUUGCUGUGCUUGGUGAGCGGCUCCUUGCCGCCCCCAUCCCGGGGAGACCUUUACACCUCCGUCGUCAACAUCCAGGGAGAGAUUGUGGUGGAAAAGAAGCUUUUGCAACAUCUGCAGUCUUACAUUGAAAACGAGAUCGAGAGAAUAGACGACCUGAAGAGAUUUUAUGAAAAAGUUAAAGCACUGCAUAACAAUGUUUACCAGGAAUCGGUGACUGCAAUAUCAAACCCCCUCUUUGCCUACACCCUUAUAAAGAGGUUGCAGGUGGACUGGCAAAAUAUUGUCUACAGCAAUGAAGCCAUUGAAAAUAUUCAAGCACUAAAGGCUGAUUAUGAGAAAAUGGAGGAGCGACUGCCAAAAGCAGAGGACCUGGUGGGAGCUGCCAAGGGUUUGAUGAGGCUGCAAGAUGUGUAUGCUCUAAGCAUAAAGGGGUUGAUCAAAGGGGAGUUCCUACAGAGCAUUGGAGAAGACGUUUCCAGUAUCUACAGGCCAACUGUGUCCAGCACCCUUUCAGCCGACGACUGUUUUCAGAUUGGAAAGGUUGCCUAUGACAUGGAAGACUAUUACCACUCAGUUACUUGGCUGGAAGAAGCAGUCACUCUUUUCCGACAAAGUCUAGGAAUCUGGGUUACAGAAGACCAAGGAAGUCUUGAGGAAGCCCUGGAUCACCUGGCCUUCUCUCACUACAUGAUAGGAAAUGUCGGCAAAGCAGUGAUCCUGUCUAAAGAACUGCUGCAGCUUGAUGUUAACAACAGAAGAAUUUCCAGAAACAUAGCAAAGUAUCAAAAACUCUUGGGAGCCUCUGCAGAUGCUCAUCCCAAGGAUGUUGUGCUUCAAAGACCAAACGUGACGUACCUGCUGACAAGGAACACUUAUGAAUCACUGUGUCAGAAGCUGGGUUCACAGCCAAAACACUAUCAAGAUUCAAAGCUGUACUGCUCCUAUGAAUCAAACCUCAGUCCACAUUUGAUUCUCCAGCCUGUGAAGAGGGAGAUUAUAAGCCAGAAGCCAUAUGUCGCACUGUACCACAACUUCAUCAGUGACUCAGAGGGGAAGAGGAUAAAGGAGAUCGCUGCUCCCUGGUUGCAGAGGUCAGUAGUAGCCUCGGGAGAGAAGCAGACCGCUAUGGAAUAUCGGAUCAGUAAAAGCGCCUGGCUCAAAGAGACAGUGGACCCGGUGAUCGGCAAGCUGGACCUGCGGAUUGCUCAUCUCACCGGCUUAAACGUGCAGCAGCCUUACGCAGAGUAUCUCCAGGUCGUGAACUAUGGGAUUGGAGGUCACUAUGAGCCACACUUUGACCAUGCAACGUCACCAAACAGUUCACUGUAUAGGAUGAAAUCUGGAAACAGGGUGGCAACGUUCAUGAUAUAUUUGAGUGGAGUAGAAGCUGGAGGAUCAACUGCUUUCAUUUAUGCUAACUUUAGUGUUCCCGUUGUCAAGAAUGCAGCACUAUUUUGGUGGAAUCUUCACAAAAAUGGACAGGGCAAUGCAGAUACGCUCCAUGCUGGCUGUCCUGUACUGGUCGGGGAUAAGUGGGUGGCUAACAAGUGGAUCCGAGAACACGGGCAGGAGUUCCAAAGAAAGUGUGGAGCUGACCCAGAUGAGUAAGAGACCCGUCUGUCGUGGGUCCUCUUGGAGUGCAAGAACCUGUGCUGUACAGUGGAGAGGAGUGGCACCAUGUGUGUCUGAAAUAUCGACUGGGAACUCGAGACUAUUCUGCACUGGAUUCAGGAAACAUGGCCGGCUAAACCCUCUUUAGUACCGAUUCUGCUCUGAGGAAUGCAGCUGAACUGUUGUUAACUCCAGGCAAUAAAGCUCUUCAUCUGUGGAAAACAUUCACCAUCAGAACCACAAUACGUUGCUCAAUAUAUCCACUGAUUCGGUCUCUGACUGCAGCCAGGGGAGACAUUUCUGCUGAAGGUUUAAAGCAGAUGCAUCUGAUGUGGAAAAACAGGAUCAGAAAGUAAAAUGAACUAUUCACAUGUGUAUUGCGAGGGGAGAGAAAAGAAAACAAAAAAGGUCCUCGAAUGAAGAACGAGGAUUAAUUUAUAAAAGAAACUCUAAAGCAGACUUAUUGCAUCAUGCAUUUCUGAGGGUAAUUUCCUUAGGCAAUUAAAUAAGAAAAUGAAAUGGAA